AUGUCGACAACGUUUGGUGCUACUCAUCGUACUCUGGAACAACUCCACGCACGAAAGAAGAACGGCCAUCGCUUACCCCAGCACAAGCUCAAGCUUCGCGAUGAAGAAGCCGCAACCCUCGACGCUUACUGCAAGAAGUUCUCUUUUGAUCGAUACCACAUGCCGGAUGCUCCUGCCUUCUUUCGUUUGCUGGAGAAGCUCAAGUACGCCCAGCAUCUCAAGACCGAGAACGACGUGUUUGAGAUAGCGUACCGUGUUGGGAUGAUCUUUAUCGAGAACUAUGCGGGAAAGAAGGGUGUCAAUGACGGGAAUGUGGCCAAGGCGAACGAGGUGGAGGAGUUGGCGAAGGAGGUCGCGAAGUAUUGGAAGAAGAAGCUGGCCAAGAAGGGAGUGAGCGGAGAACAUCACCACGGAGAAGAGGCAGGGGAAGAGAACGGCGAAGAGGCAGAAGAGGAGCGUGGCGAAGCGGGAGAAGAGGAGGACGGACAGACCGUUGAGCUGGAGGACCAGGCGGACAACGACAACAAGACGCUUGUUUCGCUGGAGAAUGCGUGGGCUACGCCCGUCAUCGCGCAGACACCGGCUUCUCAGCCCAACACCCGCUUGAACCAUCGUACACACACGUCGACAUCGACGCCGGCCGUUGCCCCUAUCAACAAACCCAAGGCUCAAACUCCAACCAUCGCGGCAACGGUGAACGCGCCAAAGACUCCGACGCCCGCCGUUGCGCCUGUCAACAAACCCAAGGCUCGAACUCCAACCAUCCCGGCGCCAAUGAACCCGUUUAAGACUCCUGCCAGCGCAUCGAAGAUCAAAACCUCGCCGAAGAGCACUCCUGGUCUCACUAUCGCGGCACCGGUGAACCCGCCACCGACUCCUGCCACCGUAUCGAAGUUCAAGACCAUGUCUAUGAUGACCGCCCGCUUGUACGAGCUCGACGAGCAGAUCGAGGCCUUUGGGGAGAGUCUGGCGAAGAAACGCAUGGAAGUCGAGAGACUAAAGAUCGUAGAGAGGGAUGGGAAGCUGGCGUUGGUCCUGUUGAAGAGGGAGGUUUGA